AUGGCCGGAUUACCUUCGCCUUUACUUGAAGAACAAUCGCAAUCAGGAUGGUUCGCUUCAGACCGCAGUGCAAAGGCUCGAUUCAAGGCCUUUUUCACCCGGUCCAAAUCAGAGAGGACUGUUCCGCAAUCUACCACCAGAGUUGUUUCGGACCGACAGGUCGAGUCACGGCCAUGCCCUCCGUCUACGCUCAACGUGGCCAAACGCGGUCGAAGCACCACCUGGUCAAAUCGACAACGGGAUUCACAGCAGAGUGUAAAACCUCAACGGUCUCGGAACAUGACUUCCUGGGAUCCUCCUCCGCUGGUUCAAGCGUACACACAGGCCAAGAUGCAUGCCAUCUUGGAUAUUCCUUCCACCUUGACAACUGUGCUCCUCCGGGGCCACCAAAGGAGGAAUAGUAUUUCUGGCGACUCUCCACGGUCAAGUAUGGAUAAUCAAGCCUCUCCUACCGUGGACACAGCCUUGAAGCAUCGACGAAACUGCUCAGGCACUAGUGUUUGCUCACUCACCCAGAAGUUGUUUAUCUUGACACGCUCUGGCCAUAUUCUACAGUAUAGUGCCGACGGGUUCAAUGAUCGUCUUCCAGAGAAAAUAUUGGAGCUUGGUUCUGACUCGGUGGCCUUUGCCUGUGAUGAUGUCCGUGGCAAGCACUGGGUUUUGAGAGUCUCGCAAGACCGAGGCCCAACCCAGCUGCCAUCGCACAAUUCCAAGCAUAGCUGGUCCAAGUUCUCGUUCAAAAACCAGGAGAACAAAAACCUCGUCAAGGACCUUCUUCUGGUGUUUGAUGAUGCCAUCACUUUGGGGUUGUGGUUGACGGCUGUUCGCAAGGAGAUCGAACUCAUGGGUGGCUUGCAGUACCGACCUGACUCGAGAGGUCCUGGUGAGGAGGACCAAGAAGUUGAACCUCACCGUCCACUCAGGACUCGACGGAGUCUGCCCAUCUUCUCUCGGUCUUCCUCCACCAUAACCAAAGUGACCGACACCGAGCCAGCCUCACCUGUCCUCUUACCGCCGAUGCCACAGAGAAUCUCGUCGCGGAAGAUCUCGAGGUCGACCACGGAUUCGUCCAUCAAUACUUUGACGGACCUGGAUCAGAUCCGCGAGCCAUCUUUUUCAGAUGACCGUUCGGUAUCUACCGCCCAUACCAGUUUUAACGGCUCUACCACGUCGAUGUCCAAUGUCAUCGAGUCUUUUUCUAGCAUGGAGUCCUAUGAAUCACCCACCACCAAGGAUGCUCAAUCACGGGUUUCUACACCUACUCAGGAGGAUGCGGGUGAACUGUCAAUGAUGAUGGCAACACCGAAAAGACGUCCUCCGCCAUCUGACUCGAUCAGUCAUGAUCUUCUUGUACCCACGAGUGAUGCCGACCAUCAGGCAGCUGUUUCGUGGGAAUCCAAGUCGAGGCCGAUCUCGACCAUCGCUCCUCUCCCUGAACCCGGGCAUAUCAGAAAGAUCUCUGCUCGUUACCGUUGCGAGUUACAAGGCUUACCUGUGCAGCCGAUGACCCCGACUUCGAGACCGGGCAGUCUUCGGAGUCGAAGCUCGUCUUAUGCGAGCGACUCACCAGAUGGCGUUCAACGGAGGACACCUUCAUACAGCUUGUUCCCCAAGACGCCCUCUCAUGAUCAACCCCAACUUAUAAACACUGGUUUGCCCUCGCCUCCUGUCACCACACCUGGUUCUGCCUUGGAAAGCAUGUGCGGCACUGGACCUGGUCUCGAGGCGGUUGGGGAGGAGAAGGAGUCUAUAUCGAAGUCAAGGCCUUCAUCCCGAGGCAGUCAACAUGCAUCUAGGAGAUUAGGAAAGGCUUUGUCCAUCGACACGAAACAUGCUGAAGCCGGCAGUAAGCAAAUCAGUUUGCCACAAAGGUCGCCUGCAGUGACCGAUGCGAUGCUGCAGACCUGUUUUGGAGCACACCCUGAUGCUCCUAGAAGGCCAUCUACCAAUGGCUGUCUGUCGACCAUCACGACGACCACGAUUGAAACUCAUCCUGCAGUUUCGUCCCCGGUCCUUCAGUUGGCCAACCCGCCUCGCAAGCAACGACAUGUCAGAGGCCGAAAGAGCAUGCCUUCUUUGGCUCAUCGAUCCCUUCCUCCUUGCGGACCCCCUCCCAACGUCCCUCUCCCCGCCCUGCCCACCGAGGCAUGUCUUCCGUUGCCCGAAAAGCUGGCUUCGAUGUCCUGCACCAGGCCUCAGAGACCCACGUUGAAACACAGCAAGACCGAGUCGGCGGGUGCUUCACUUGGUUUAAACAAGUUUGUGUCUCUGGAUAAUGCACCCCGACCUGCCAUGACACAUAAGAAGAAUAUGUCGUCGGUGUCUUCGGUGGCUUCUGUCCGUCAGGUCACAGUGUGGCUUCAGUCAGACCGUGUUGCCAGCUUUGCCGCCAAGCGUGAAGAGGCCCCAACCUUGAACAUUAGUGUUCCUGAUAGCCCAGCGUUCAGCUGUGGGUUUGAGAAGUUGAUGUCAUGA